AAUUGUUUGUGACGACAAAUUGUUUUGUGUUGUGCAUUUUUACUGGCUUCGCGAUAUCGCACUAUCGUGGCAAAAGGUACUCCCAAUCGUUCCGGAUUAGGUUAACGGCGAGCGCCCGGGUGUGAUUCGGGGGCUGGGUCGCGUGUCCGGCACCCUGCACGAUGAGUGGUGUACAGCAGAAUCCGGCCGCGAACCUGCAGCAGCAGAUGGCGUCGCACAGUGACAAAGUGUUUCAGUGGAUCAACGAGCUGUCGAAUCCGGAAACGCGUGAAACGGCGCUGCUGGAGCUGAGCAAAAAGCGCGAAAGUGUCCCCGACCUGGCGCCGAUGCUGUGGCACAGCUUCGGCACGACCGCGGCACUGUUGCAGGAAAUCAUCAACAUCUACCCGUCGAUCAAUCCGGCCACCCUGACGGCACACCAGUCGAACCGGGUCUGCAAUGCGCUCGCGUUGCUGCAGUGUGUGGCGUCGCACCCGGAAACGCGCACCGCAUUCCUGGCCGCCCAGAUUCCGCUGUUCCUGUAUCCGUUUCUGCACACCACCUCGAAGACGCGCCCCUUCGAGUACCUUCGGCUGACGUCGCUCGGAGUGAUCGGUGCGUUGGUGAAGACCGACGAGCAGGAGGUCAUCACGUUUCUGCUGUCGACGGAAAUCAUUCCACUGUGCCUGCGGAUCAUGGAGUCGGGAUCGGAGCUGAGCAAAACGGUGGCCACCUUCAUCCUGCAGAAGAUUCUGCUCGACGAAUCCGGCCUGUCGUACAUCUGUCACACCUACGAUCGUUUCUCACACGUCGCAAUCAUUCUGGGAAAAAUGGUAAUCUCCCUAUCGAAGGAACCCUCGGCCCGGCUGCUGAAGCACGUCGUUCGCUGCUACCUCCGUCUGUCGGAUAAUCCACGGGCCCGCGAAGCGCUGAGACAGUGCCUGCCGGAUCAGUUGCGCGAUGCCACGUUCGCGGCGUGCCUGCAGGAGGACAAAUCGACCAAGCACUGGCUCUCGUUGCUGUUGAAAAAUCUCGACACCGUCCCGGUGCCCGGUGCCGAUCCGCGCCAGGUCGGCAUCCAACCACUAGCCUCGUAGAGGGUCCGAGCACGGCUCACCCCCGGGGUUUUUUACGAAUUUCUUUCCCAGCCCCCGACGGGCGACGGAGGACGGAUUGCGGCGGCAUUGUUGGUAGGGUAAAAGCUGGCCGGGCCUGGCGAAAUGCGCCAAGAGCUGCCGGACUCGGAGGGAUCCGCUUUUCAGCAACGAAGUGAGGUGUUAUAAUAAAAGUAGCAAUCGGCUUAGGGUUCUUCCACUCUUGCCUUUG